AUGCGGGCAGCACAGAGCAGGGCCCCCGGGCUCCUGCUCCUUCUGGGCCCCAUUCUGUUGACUGUGGAUAUAGCGGUUGCUGAUAGCCAAGUGGCGCAGCAUGAAAGGGAGAAGGAGCCAGCCUAUUGGGACACACAGGCAAGGGAGACGCUGGGCGCCGCGCUCAAACUCCGCCCUCGGGACCACCAGGCCAAGAAUAUCAUCCUCUUCCUCGGUGACGGGAUGGGCGUGUCCACAGUGUCAGCAGCUCGUAUCCUGCAGGGCCAGAUGGAGGGCAGGUCCGGAGAGGAGACAGUGCUGGCAAUGGACACCUUCCCUUACCUCGCUCUGUCUAAGACUUACAGUGUGGACAAGCAGGUAGCAGACAGCGCUAGCACAGCUACAGCAUACCACUGUGGGGUGAAGGCUAAUGCUAAGACAGUGGGGCUUAGCGCUAAUGCCGAGGCCUACAAGUGUAACACCACCUUUGGCAAUGAGGUUUACUCCGUGCUGCGACGUGCAAAAGCACAAGGUAAAUCUGUAGGAAUUGUGACAACCACCCGUGUUCAGCAUGCCUCACCCGCUGCUGCCUACGCCCACUCAGUCAGCCGCAGCUGGUACAGCGAUGCCGACAUUCCCUCUAGCGCCCGCCGACAGGGCUGUGUGGACAUUGCCACCCAAAUGGUCACCAAUGUGGACAUUGAUGUGAUCCUGGGUGGAGGGAGAAUGUAUAUGACACCAAAAGGCACCCCAGACCCUGAGUAUCCCACCUCCAACUCACGUAAGGGGGAUCGCAAAGACAAGAGGAACCUUAUUGAUGUGUGGCUGAAGGCCAAACCAAAGAAGAGGUCCCUCUAUGUUUGGCACAAGAAGCAGUUCGACGAAAUCAAUGUGACAACUACUGACCGGCUCAUGGGCCUUUUUGAGCCCAAGGACAUGAGGUUUGAGGUUUUCCGUAAUAGAACAUGUGACCCCUCUAUCGUGGAGAUGACAGAGAAAGCCAUUCAGAUCCUCAGCAAAAACCCUAAAGGAUUCUUCCUUUUUGUUGAAGGAGGGAGAAUUGACCACGGCCACCACGAUGGCAUUGCGAAGCUGGCACUGACCGAGGCUGUGAUGUUCGACCGGGCCGUGCACCAUGCGUCAAGGCUCACCAGGGAGUCUGACACACUCACUGUGGUUACUGCAGACCACUCCCACGUCUUCACUUUUGGUGGAAACACCCCGAGAGGGAACCCCAUCUUUGGUCUGGCACCAAAGAAAGCUGAUGACAAAAUGCCAUUCACCAGCAUCCUGUACGCCAAUGGUCCUGGCUAUGUACACGUAAAUGGAACCAGAGGGAACAUCACAAUGGUGGAUUACUAUGAUGAGGAGUACAUGCAGCAGGCUGCCGUUCCACUGGACUCAGAGACCCACGGUGGGGAAGACGUUGCCAUCUAUGCCAAAGGCCCCAUGGCCCACCUUUUCCACGGGGUCAAAGAGCAGAACUAUGUGGCCCAUGUCAUGGCCUAUGCAGCCUGCCUGGAGCCUUACACUGACUGCCCUUCACAUCCACCUGCCUCGACAGGGCAUGUGAACACACCACUCUCCAACCUGCUGCUCAACAUGACUGGCCUCUUCUGGCUGCUGCUCAGAUGA